AUGAGAAACUCUUUUAAAGUCCAAGAAUCAAAUAAAUAUUUAGUCGAAUCAUGGGAAAAAGCAAAUAAUGAUAGUAAAAAACAUGUUGUAAAUAUAGAUGAAAGUACUUAUAAAUCAAAUCUUACAGGUGGUAAAAUUUCAUUUUUAGAUACAUUAAAACCACAAUUUGAAGCAAUAAAACCAGCAACAUCAUCAGCUACCUCAGGAUCAACUAAUACAUCAUCACCAUCAAACAACUUUGCAUCAAAAAAUAAAUCAUCAUCUUCAUCAACUACAUCAUCACCAUCAACACCAUCAACCAAUACAUCAUCACCAUCAACUAAUAAUGCCAAUAAUGCUCAAUCAAUUGGUGCUUUUAUCCCAAGAAAUAUAAAUAAACCAUGGGGAAAAUAA